AUGAUAAUAUCAUUUUUAGAUGAAGAUGGAAUAGAUCUUGAAGAAGGCCACGCAAGUUUUAUAAGUGCUUAUGUGACACCUGGACCGAAACAACGCGAUAUAAGUGAGCAAAAGAAGGCAAACUUAGGAAUGAUGUUGGGAGUCUAUCUGCCGACAAUUCAACACAUCCUGGGCGUAACGAUGUUUAUUCGAUUAUUUUGGGUUGUUGGUAUUGCCGGUAUACUGCAUACUAUACUUUUGCUUUUAUGUUGCUGCUUAUGUACACUUCUUACAAGCAUAUCACUAUCAGCUGUUGCAACAAAUGGAGUAGUUGAAAGUGGUGGAGUUUAUUUUAUGAUAUCGCGCAAUUUGGGAGCGGAAUUCGGAAGUGCGGUUGGCAUAUUAUUUUAUUUAGCAAAUACUGUUGCUGCUUCAAUGUACCUUGUUGGUGGUGUCGAAGUUAUGCUGCUAUAUAUUUUCCCAUCGAUAACAAUUGGUGGCCACGAAGCUCACAGUGAAACAGGCAUUUGGGGAAUGAUGUCGCAUAAUUAUCGCAUAUAUGGCACUGCGUUUCUUCUGUUAGAAGCCACUAUUGUUGCGAUGGGUGUUCGAUUCGUUCAACUUCUCGCACCAGUUUCCUUAUUUUGUGUUAUUCUAUCAAUUCUUGCAUGUUUCGCUGGUGGAAUAGAAAAGGCAAUUCUCAAGAACGUUACUAAAUUUUUAGAAAACCUUAAUCCAAUGUAUAUGGCGGCAGGCGAAUCUUAUCCAGGUGUACCUGCAGAUGACACUGGUCUAGAAGUAUCACAAGACUUUCGCACCAGUUUCUUCAUUUUACUAGCCAUCUAUUUUCCUGCGGUAACAGGAAUUAUGACUGGGACGAAUAUGAGCGGCGACUUAAAGGAUCCUCAAAAAACAAUUCCACGCGGCACUAUUGCCGCAACAUUAACGACAUCAGCUAUAUAUUUUGCUUUGGCUAUUCUUUUUGGUUCUUCAAUAACAGGGCCAGUCUUACGAGACAAAUAUGGCAGAAGCAUUAACAGUUCAAUGAUUGUUGCAUUGCUCUCGUGGCCCUCACAUUGGGUCGUUGUUAUUGGCUCAUUUCUUUCUACGUUUGGUGCUGCUUUGCAAUGCCUUUGCAGUGCUCCUCGUCUCCUUCAGUCAAUAGCAAAGGAUGAUGUGAUACCAGCACUUGCACCAUUUGCCAAAGUUACCAAAAACAACGAACCACUGCUUGGGCUUUUAUUUACGGCUCUCAUUGCUGAAAGUGCGAUCUUGCUUGGUGCAGUUGACUCUAUUGCUGCAGUCUUGGAUUUCUUUUUUCUUAUGUCUCUGUCUCUUAUGGGAGCGUCUUUAUGCUUCUUUAUCAUGUUCGCUUCGCAAUGGCAAUAUGCAUUAAUAUCAAUUAUUUUAACAUUUGUUAUCUACAAAUAUGUUGAAUGGAAAGGGGCUAAAAAAGAAUGGGGCGAUGGUAUUCGUGGUUUGGCUUUAACGACAGCACAAUACAGUUUAAUGAAAGUUGAGGACAAAGAUCCUCAUCCUAAAAAUUGGAGGCCGCAAUUACUUGUUCUUGUCGAGGGAACAUGGUCUAAAGAAAUAGUCGAUAUGCGAUGCAUAAAUUUACUGAAUUUGGCUGGCCAAUUAAAAGCGGGUCGAGGCUUAGCUAUUGUUAUCGCUUUCAUCAAGGGGGAAAUAACUGAUCCAGCAGACCGAACAAGAGCAGAAGAGGUAAAAUCAAGAAUCCAGCAAGAUAUGAUAAAUGCUCCUUUACGUGGAUUCGGAAAGACGAUAUUAUUUAAUGAAAACCAAAUUGAUGGUUGCAUUUCUACUCUUUAUCAAAGCAUUGGAAUCGGUGGCCUUAAGCCGAAUACAGUGAUGAUAAAUUGGCCAAAGAUUAAAUUGCUUCAAGCAAUUGCAUACAAUCAGUGUGUUAUGGUUAUCAAAGGAAUCACAGAUUUUCCGCUGGCUACAGCAAGGCUUUCUGGAUACAUCGAUAUUUGGUGGAUAAUGUUUGAUGGUGGCAUAUUAAUGUUAAUUGCCUAUCUCUUACGACAAAAUAAGGUAUGGCGUGGUUGUUCUUUACGCAUUUUUGCUAUUGCUGAUGUGCCAGAAAAAAAUGAAAAAAAGAAAAUGCUACAAAAAUACAUUUAUAUGUUGCGCAUAGAUGCAGAAGUUUUCGUAAGUUUUUUUAUCAUUUUUGAUGGAAGCAGCGUGAUUUUGGAAAACUCUCUUCAAUCACAAUUGGUAAUAAUCAAUUUACCGCGGCCACCAAAGAAAAAUAAAGCGAAUUUUGAAAAUUACAUGAGUGAUAUGGAAAUCUUAACAUCGAAAAUUCCUCGAGUUCUUUUUAUAAGUGGAAGCGGUAAAGAGGUAAUUACUAUUUGCUCGUAA